AUGUUUGUUAAGCUUCUACUAGUGUGUGCUGUGUGCGUGUGCGCACAGGCGAGAAACCCUUUCUUUGAAACUGGAAAAAGAAUUGCAGCUGAUGGGUUCCCAGCCGAAACCCAUUAUGUUACUACAUCCGAUGGGUACAUACUAGAGAUUCACAGGAUACCCCACGGAAGAAGAGGCGACAGUACAGCUAAAAGGCCAGUGGUAUUUCUCAUGCAUGGAUUGCUGGGAGCGUCCAACAAUUACAUUGGCUUAGGAGUUAACAACAGCUUAGCAUACAACUUAGCAGAUGAAGGCUUCGACGUGUGGAUGGGCAACGCUAGAGGAAACUACAACUCUCGAAGGCAUAUUAAGUUAGAUCCUGACCACAUAAUUCAAAAGCACGACUUCUUCGACUUCACAUUCGAAGAAAUCGCCAUAAUAGACCUUCCGGCCAUGAUCGACUAUGCUUUAGAGUAUACUGGAAACCAGCAGCUCUACUAUGUUGGACAUUCUCAAGGAGGCACUGUGUUUUUGGUCCUGAUGGCUCUGAAGCCCGAGUACAAUAAGAAGAUCGCCGCUGCUCACCUGAUGGCUGGAGUUGGUUACCAAAAAUAUUUCCCUAAUGGACAAUUAAAAACAGCAGCGAGAUUUGUUGACACUAUCUAUAGCCUUUCCAAAACGUUAGGCAUAGUGGAAUUGUAUCCUGAACUAUUAAUGCCAAGCACUUUUAAUGGCUACCGAACAGCUGACUACUGUACUGGAGACCCUAAGCAAAAGGACUUGUGCGAACUGUAUGGGGUCGAUCAUAUACUGAGAUCUGACAGUUCACCCGAUUCUUUGAUGCCAGCUGGCGCGUCCCUCAAGCAAGCGGCACACUAUGGUCAAAAUAUACGAGACAAGCGUUUCCGUCGUUACGAUCACGGCAGUAUCACUAACCUCAUCAACUAUAGAUCUUUAAACCCACCUCAGUACGACUUGAGUCUGAUCGAUAGUGACGUCACAAUGCAUUACUCACUGAAUGAUAACUUGCUGGAUGAAAGAGAUGUUCUCGAUAUGGCCGCGGACAUGCCUAAUACGAAAGUUCGGAAAGUAGCUAGAGAAAGCUUUGAACACGUAGAUUAUGUUGUAGCUCCAGAUGCUAAGGAACUAGUGACCGAUUACAUUAUUAAAGCGCUUAAAAAUACACCUAUUAAAAAAGGAAUCUAA